AUGCAAAUUUCAGAAUUAUCAAAAGAAAAUAACUUAUUGAAACAAAAAGCUAAUGAAAUUACAGUUCCGAAAGAGUUUUUAUCAAAAAUAGAUAAGUAUAAGGACUCGAAUAAUUUUUCAGAGAUAUACAAAUUCUUAUGUGAAAUUCCAGCAAGAGGAUAUCAAAAUAAAAUCACAAAAUCACAAAUUGAAUGCCUUUUAGAAAAGAAAGACGAAAAAGGAUACGAAUCAUUGCUUACGGCUUGCAAAGAAGGAAACCUCGAACUUGUUAAAUAUCUCGUUUCUGUUGGAUCUAAUAUUGAAGUUCGCGCUCAAAAUAAAAAUACACCAAUUCUCAAUGCUUGUGGUGCUGGUCAUUUGGAAAUUGUGAAAUAUCUUAUUACUUGUGGAGCUAAUUUAGAAGCAAAGAAUGCACCAGAGUAUACACCGCUGCUUAUGGCAUCAAUUUUUGGCCAUUUUGAUAUUGUAAAAUGUCUUAUCUCUUCUGGAGCCAAUAAAGAAGCCAAAAAUGAUAAUGGACUCACUGCAUUAAUUUUGGCAUCACAAAAGAAUUUCCCCGAAAUUGUUAAAUAUCUGAUUUCUGUUGGAGCCAAUCUAGAGGAGAAAGAUAAUAAUAGAGCUACAGCAUUAAUUCAGGCAUCAAAUUGUGGUUUUCUUGACAUAGUUAAAAGUCUUGUUUCUGCAGGAGCAAAUCAAAAAGCAGCAGAUAAAAGUGGAGCCACUCCCCUUAUUCAUGCUUCGAAUAAUGGCCGCCUUGAAGUUGUUAAAUAUUUUGCGUCAAUUGGAGCUAAUAUAGAAGAGAAAGAAAAUAAUGGAGAAACUUCACUCAUGCAAGCGAUAAGAAAUGGCCAUCUUGAAGUUGCCAAAUAUUUAUGCUCAAUUGGGGCUAAUAAGGAAGCAAGGAGUAAUACAGGAUUGAAUGCCUUAAUUAUUGCUGCCGGAAAGAAUCAUCUGGAUAUUGUUAAAUAUCUUGUCCAGGCUGGAGCUGAUAUCGAGGCAAAGGAUAACAAUGGAGCUAAUUCACUCAUGAUUGCAAUAUCCUUUGGCUCUUCCCAUCUUGAAGUGAUCAAGUUUCUAUGUUUAAAUAAAGCUAAUAAAGAAGCAAAGAAUAAGAAUGGAAUGACCCCACUUUUAUUAGCAUCAGGACAAAAUCUUGAAAUUACAAAAUAUCUCGUCUCUGUAGGUGCUAAUAUAGAAGCCAAAAAUAUUUAUGGUAUGACACCUUUGAUUAUUGCAGUAACUGUUGGAAAUCUUGAGAUAACUAAAUAUCUUGUCUCUGCUGGAGCAAACAAAGAAGCAAAAGACAACGACGGAAAUACACCACUCCUUCAUGCAUCAUCUCGCGGUUAUUUAGAAAUUGUUAAAUUCCUUGUCUCCGCAGGCGCAAAUACAAAAGCAACAAAUAAGGAUGGAUCGAAUUCAGCAAAAUUAGCAUCCAAAAUGGGGCAUUCAAACAUAGCAUCAUAUUUAAUGAAAUAA